AUGGGUGCCAGACGCUGGGAGGAUGAGGCCGCGCAACUAGUCAUCUUGGCCAACAACGGCCACCAAGAGCUGCAGAAGGAGAGAUUCUCGCUGGCUCUCGAGGAUUUCAUGCCGAACGACCAAGUCGCGGGGGUGCUCAGGGAGCACUCAGAUACACUCUUGAGUCUUGGCCAUCUCCAGGCCAGUCAGGCCAAAGCGUCUCCCGAAAUCAGCCAUCGGCUCAAGGGCCUUCAUCGGGGGCUUUGCCAGCUGGCGCAGGCCAUUCAGGACCAGAUGUGUCGACCCCGUAGGCAGCUCUCUGGCGUCGUGGAAGAGAUGAUCGUUGGAGGGAUCUGUGCCGGCAGAGCUCCAAACGAAGAAGUCCAGGUGGGCGGCCUGAUGCUAGAGUCGGAGGCCGUCCAAGACAAAGCGCGACGAAUAUUGUGGUACAAUUGGUUCUUCGUCGGCAGUCUCAUCAUCUUUGUCCAGACUCGUCUGCCGCCGCGCGGUCUCGGGAUAAGGAGCUGGGCCUCGGCCAAGGCAGUGCCGGUGGUGAAUGCCAUGGUGAACCGAGCGUUUGACGCCCACGGCGCGUCCGCCUUCUACCUCUACGACGCCUAUAGCGGUAACAAGUUCCCUGGGGCUCUGAUCCUCCCACGGUACCUGAGCUAA